CUGCCAAAAAUCAAGUUUGUAUCUUUCGAGGAGCACCAGGAUAUACAUAGCUCAGUACCUGUUGCAGAGCUCAUCAGCAAAGUGCAAGGAGACACGGUCUCUCAGGCAGCUGCAGAACUCCAGCAGUACUGUAUGCAAAAUGCCUGCAAAGAUGCUUUGCUUGUUGGGGUUCCUGCGGGGAGCAAUCCCUUUCGAGAACCCCGAUCCUGUGCUCUACUCUGA